AUGUCUCAGCAGGACACGGACGACGUGUUCGUUAUGAACCUUGAAGGUCAUCCGGGCGACUACUACUGCAUGUCUUGCACGACCAUGUGCAACUACAUAAGAGACGUCACGUGUUGUGAAAAAACCAAGAAGAUGACGCUUGUGCAGGUUGGUUGAAUCAUUUAAGAAACGUUCGGUCCCAGACAGACUGAAUCAUAUCCAAAAGAUAACGUCUGGGACAAAAUGUAGCCUGACAUCAUGUGUUGCUAAAAAAAACAUACAACCAACUGUAAUGACUUCCAGAAAGAAUGCAGGUGCGAGUUCAUGUUGGUGUGGGUCUUCGUCAACGCCAUUCGUCAGAUCAUCGAUGCCACGUAUGCCGGAAAGAAGGUUGUCAACAAUGAUGGCGAUUGCAUGCACUGUCUCACCAUGAAGAAGCAUAACGAGGAGAAGUGGUGCGUCAACCAGCCCAAAAAAGUGCUGCUUAAUGUGAGUUACUUGAAUCGUUUCUUAGAACUAAACAAAACAUUACAAAGCAUAAAAUCUUCUCCUUCCGCUGCGAACACAAAGAAACCCCCCUGCUUCGCACUAAAAAUCCUUCAAUCGUUCAAUUUUCAGCGACGCGUUCUGGAAGCGGAGCUCAAUGCCGAAGAUCACGUGACCAGGUUCGUCGAACUUCGCAGUGACUGCCGCUUGCUUGAGAUAGAAAAGGCACAGAAGAAGGCACUGAAGGGCCUUUCGAAGUACUUGAAGAACGCGCAGCACACGACUCACUACAUUAACCACGCAAUCAGCAAGCAGAAGAGACAGUCUGCUCGCGAGAUUAGGCAAGAGGAAGAGAAACUGGAGAAGGAGAACGAAGUCAUCAAGUCGAAGCUGAUGGCAAACGUGCGAAAGUCAAUUUCCGAUGCGAUCGAGGAGGCGGAGAGGAGAACCGCUGAGACGACGACGUCGCAGGGAACGACGUCGCUGGGGACGACGAAGAUGCAGGACCCGGACGAGCUGGUCGAGAUUUUGACCUACGGCAUUGAAUAUUUUGACCUUCGGGAUUGA